GGUAUGUAACAUAAAUUAUCAGGAUAGUCAUGUGGUUCCUGUAGUCUUUCACAAUUUGUCCUGGUAUGAUGCCCACUUUGUAAUAAUUGACAUAGCUACUAGACUGCCAGGUCGAGUUGAUUUACUUCCUAUCACCAAAGAGAAGUAUAUUUCGCUUACCAAACAUAUCGAAGAUUCUCCCAUUCAGUUUUGAUUUAUUGAUAGUUUUCGGUUUAUGAAUUCUCGUUUAAGUACAUUUGCACCAUAUCUAGAAAAUUUUCUCAAUUUAAGAUCUCAGUUUGCUAAAUUAUUUGAAGAUCAUUACAAAUUAUUGACAAAGAAAGGAAUCAUGCCAUAUGACUACUUCGAUUCAUUUGAACGAUUUAAUGAAACAUGUUUUCCUCCAAUCGAUGCAUUCUAUAAUACAUUAGAAAACAAGCCAUGUUCACGUAGAAUGUACCUUCGUGCCCAGGAUAUUUGGAGCAAGUUUUUGUGUCGUAACCUUGGUGAUUACAACAUAAAAACGGAUAUUUUGCUUUUAGCUGACGUUUUUGAGCCAUUUAGAUCAAGUUCUCAUAAAUUUACGGUUUAGAUCCAGCACAUUAUUAUACCCUACCUGAUUAUACUUGGGAUGCUAUGUUAAGACUAACUGGUCAAAAACUGGAACUGCCAACUGAUCAAGAUAUGUUUCUCUUUAUUGAAAAGGGAAUACGUGGAGGUUUAAGUCAGGUCUGCUCAAAAAGAAGAGCCCAUGCAAACAACAAGUACUUACCCUACUAUGAUGUGUCAAAGCCGUCCAACAACUUAUGUACUAUGAUGUUAACAAUCAGUAAGGAUAGACGAUGUCGCAAUAUCUACUUUAUGGAGGUUUCAAAUGGGUGGAUACUAAUAUUGAUAUUAUGUUAAUACAUGACCAUGCCCCUGAAGGGUAUAUUUUAGAAGUUGACUUAGAAUAUCCGAAAGAACUUCACAACGUUCAUCAGGAUUUAUCCAUUUUACCUGAACAUCUUAAUCCUGCAACUUUGAGACCAUGUACAAAGAAAUCUAAAUUAAUAACAACAUUACAAAACAAAGACAAAUACGUGAUCCACUAUAGAAAUUUAAAAUAGGCGAUAAAAUAUGGAUUAAAGCUAACAAAAAUUCAUAGUUUUAAAAUUUAACCAGUCCCCUUGGUUAUAUAGAUUUUAAUACUAAACUUAGGAAAAAUUCGAAAAAUGAAUUUGAGAAGAACUUAUAUAAACUUAUGAACAACGCUAUCUUUGGAAAAAGUAUUGAAAGUGUGAGGAAAUAUCUUAAUGUGAAGUUAAUUCAUCAAUAGCAGGGGAGUUAUGGUGCCGAAGCAAUGAUAUCAAAACCUGAAUUUAAUAAUAAUAAUAAUAACGGGUCUUUAUUUG